AUGAGCCACCCAACCCAUCCUGCGACUGUACACUUUCCUAUAACCACCACCCUCCUCGCCGGCGGUCUUGACGCCGUCUACUUUCUUUCCAAUAAUGGUCCUACCUCGACCAUUGUAGGCUCAGCCUUUAAAACCCUCGAUAUAGCUAUUAGCCCAGCAAUGCUACCCCUGCUCUCCUACUAUGCCACCAUCCUCACUCUCCUCUUCUCCGCCCCAGCCAUUGCUACCGGCGCAUACGAGCUUAUGCCUGUGAUUCAGCGCGACGGUUUCUCGUCUAAGAAGGCAAAGGUCGGUGUGAUGCAUGCACUGAUCAAUGAUCUUGGUGUUGUGGCUGCGGCGUAUAAUUGGUGGACUCGGAGGUCGAACCCAGGUUUCAUGCCUACAGAUACCAACAUUCUACUAAGCGCCUUGGUGGCACUACCUGCGACCAUGUGGGCGGCGUAUCUGGGAGGCAGCUUGGUCUACAUCCAUGGGAUGGGAUUGAGGGGUGGACAGGCCAAGGCAAAGAAGAGGCAGUGA